GAUCAACAUGUGCGGCGGCUGGACAUGUCUGAGGCAUCCAUUUCAGAAAACUUUAGGCUACAUCGAUUAUUGGCUAUGGCACUAGGAUAUGUUUGGCGUGCCUCGUCAACCCCCAAAUACAACAGCACUGCUUUGGUUUCUGUGUGGGAAAAAAAAAUAAAAAAGAGGAUCUGAAAUUCUUCUCCAGUUGUAUUUUUAAUUCUGUCUUUUUGCAUUAUAUAUAUAGAUAUAGUCAUCUAUAGAGAAGUAGUGGUGGGAAUCUGGGGAGGAAAGGUCUCACUCUGCCAAACAAAGCUGUGGCUGUAUUUGUGAUUCAAAGGCUAGAGAGCUGAGUUUGACCCCAAAAAAGAGUGUUAUUUUCUCCGGAAACAAACAUCAACUGGAAAUCUCUUGAAUUCAUGAGACUCUCUCAGGUCUUCCACUUCUGAUUCCAAGGUAGAGAGAGAGAGAGAGAGAGAGAGAGAGAGAGAGAGAGGGAUCAUAUAAGUUCCAAUGGAGAAGCUAUUGAAGCCAUAUGACAGAGAAUAUAUGAAGAUGGCCAUGUUGAAGCAUGAAGAAACCUUCAAACAUCAGGUUUAUGAACUCCAUCGUUUAUACCGCAUCCAGAAGAUUUUGAUGAAAAGCAUCGAAAACAGAAGGACGAACGGAUCAAUGAACUGCGAAAGAUACUGGGACUCUACUCACCAUAACAACAAUAUAUGUCGAAAUUCGCGACCUGGGAUUGACUUGGAACAACCUGCAGAGGAGUAUAUCGCAGAAUGCGAUGGGAACGGAGAGCUGGAGAUUGAAGAUGAGAGUGAAAUCAAAUUGACAUUAGGCCCCUCAAGUUAUGGCCGAAGAAAGAAAGCUCAGACGACCCCCGGAAGUUCGGUUUCCGGAGCAAGCUUUUCUUCUUCUUGUUCAGCAGGGGAAGAAGAAUUACUAAAAGGUGAUAAAUGGACAAGAAACAGCAGUUUUGGUGCUGAAGAAGAGUUGAGAAUAGGUAGAUUGGAACACCAUCCUUGGCUUUUCCAAGCUCUUAGUCUGAACAUGACUUGAAAAAAAAAAAAAAAUCUUUGGGGAUAUAAUAAUAUUAGAAUUUUUGGACUGCUUUGAUCAA